AUGCUCACGCAGCGAGGAAUCGAGGCCAACCCUGAAAAAUGUCAAACCGUCAUCGACACGAGAAGCCCCGCGAACGUCAAGGAGGUGCAGCGACUAGUGGGCAGGCUAACCGCCAUCUCGCGCUUCCUCCCGAAGCUAGCGGACAAAAUCAAACCAAUGAUCCAACUCCUGAAGAAAUCGACAAAGUUUACCUGGGAUGACGCCUGCGAACAAAAUUUCAACACUCUGAAGCAACUCCUCACCACCCCACCGGUCCUGACCAAACCCGAUCCUUCCCUCCCCCUUGUUAUGUACAAAGCUGCGUCAACAAACGCCAUCAGCUCUGCACUCGUCCAAGAAUGGGACAACACCCAACAUCCAAUAUACUUUACAAGUCGCAUCCUCCAAGACCCAGAAACGCGAUAUCAAAUGGUAGAGAAAGUAGCCCUUGCAAUCAUAACAGCAGCACGUCGCCUACGACCAUACUUCCAAUCACACGCGAUCAUCAUCAGAACGGACCAUCCCAUACAAAAAAUCUUGCAAAAACCUGAUUUAGCUGGUCGGCUAUCCUCCUGGGCCAUCGAACUGUCAAAAUUUACAAUCCGCUACGAACCGCACGGACCCAUCCGAGCACAAUGCCUGGCAGACUUCGCCAAUGACCUUCAAGAGCAAGCCCCUUGUGACACCUGGUGGACCAUGCACGUAGACGGCUCCUCAAACCCGCUAGGAGCCAGUGCCGACAUAGUACUGGAAGGACCCGGCAACGUCCUCAUAGAACAAUCUUUACGAUUCACCUUCAAAACAUCCAACAAUCAAGCUGAGUACGAGGCCAUCAUCGCCGGCCUCAAUCUAGCACAAGACGUCGGCGCACGUAAACUCCUAUGCAAGACAGACUCAAAGCUCACCGUAGGACACCUCAACGGUGAGUACCAAAUCAAAGAUCCCACCCUCGCACAAUACUACCACAUGGUAGUAUCCCUGGCCGAGCACUUCGACACUUUCCAAAUUCAACACGUCCCACGAAGCGACAAUACCCGGGCAGACAUUCUCUCAAAGCUCGCUAGUACCAAAAAGAAAGGUCGUUACAAGUCACUCCUCCAGCACACCCUAACCGCACCCUCCAUUGAGCAACAAAACCAAUGCUUAAACAUUACUACCACCAACACUUGGAUGGAGCCUUUCAUCAGAUACUUAGAAACAGGAAUCAUCCCGCCAAACGAGGAAAAAGGAUGGGUGCGGAAAGCGGCACGAUACACACUAAUUGGGGGCGAACUAUUCAGAAGAGGCUUCAGCAAGCCCCUGCUCAAGUGCAUAACUAAGGAAAAGGUCGACUAUGUCAUCCAAGAAUUACACCAAGGCAUCUGCGGCUACCACUCAGGACCCAAAACCAUGGUCGCCAGGAUACUACGCGCCGGAUAUUACUGGCCCACAAUGGAAGAAGACUGCACCACGUACGUCCAAAAAUGCGUCCAAUGCCAAAAGCACGGGCCGGUUACACACAUGCACCAGGAAGAACUGCACCACGUCUCCUCACCAUGGCCAUUCUCAAAAUGGGGGAUGGACAUAAUCAGCCCUUUUGCAGCAGGGAAAGGCCAAGUCAAGUUCCUUCUUGUCGCGGUCGACUACUUCUCCAAGUGGAUCGAAGCAGAGCCAUUAGCCACCAUCACAGCCAACCAAGUCCAGCGCUUCGUUUGGAAAAACAUCAUUUGCCGCUAUGGAAUCCCCCACACAAUCAUAACCGACAACGGUCGCCAGUUCAUAGACAAGGGCCUCGCUGACUUCUACCGCAACCUGAACAUUACCCACAUAACGAGCUCCGUCGAACACCCUCAAACCAACGGCCAGGCUGAGGCCGCUAACAAGAUCAUCCUCGGGCAAUUAAAGAAACGCUUAGACGGAGCCAAAGGCAAAUGGCCAAAAGAAUUACUCGAAGUGCUGUGGGCAUAUAGGUGCACCCCCCAAUCUUCGACCCACGAAGCACCAUAUACUCUAGUCUACGGAACAGACGCUGUCAUACCAGUGGAAAUUGGGGAACCCUCAAUCCGACAACAACACCACGACACAUAG